ACUCACUCCAGGUCUUGCGUACGGGACAUCCGCGGAGUAGGCAUUUAUCUCAUGCGCACUACAAGAGAAGAAGAUCCAAGGAUGCAACGGGUGAGAGGUUAGGAUAUGAGCAAGUUGAGAUGGAGUCAACGGCACUUCAGGACAAGCAAACACAACGAACGUAGCCGAUUCUUUGAUUGAAGGCCAUUAUAGAUAAGCCGUUAUUGUAUUACUCAGGCAUAGUCAAUCGUUGAGCAUAAUUCACAACUGCGAAAAGCACUGGGUGCUCACUUGUUGCUUCCACGAUGAAGGUUUGGCUGUGCUCUGGCGAGUCAAUUUUCCGCGGCGCGUCAUCGAUCCCAACACGUGUCUGCAAUUUGUAUGGAGUACUCGGUACCUCGUAGCUGUGUCCAACUGCAACGAGGGCACGAACACUAAAAAAGUCUCGCCUUCUCCUCCCUAAGCAACGUCGCCCGAUAUGUUUGGUGCCUUGAAUCGCUUCAUAGCUCGCCUCGACGGUGAGCCGCCUCCACGACAUGCAGACUCAGGACUGUCCGAUACUACUUAUGGCUUCCAGGUCCUGCGCAACACAAACAAGGACCUCCCUAUUGAGCCGUGGUUCGACUUCAUCAUAGGCAUCAACGGCCAUAUUCUGGACUCCCCGGAUCCCGCCCUGUUCACGACUGAAUUGCGCAACUGCGCUGGCGGAUACUGCUCACUAGAUCUAUGGAGCGCAAAGGGCCAAAGAACACACUCAGUCAGUGUCGCCGUUCCUGCUCCGCCCGAAACGCUCGGCCUCUCGCUCCAACUGGCACCUCUGAAUUCCUCGCACAAUAUCUGGCACGUCUUGAGCAUCCCCUCCCCGUUGUCUCCAGCCCAUCAAGCGGGCCUCCUACCACAUAGCGACUACAUACUUGGCUCACCAAGCGGUACGUUGAAGGGAGAGGCCGCUCUCGGCGAGCUCGUCGAAGACCACCUCAACCGCAGUCUGGUAUUAUGGGUCUACAAUUCAGAAUUCGACGUGGUUAGAGAGGUGGAACUGGUGCCCCGAAGGGGUUGGGGAGGUGAGGGUGCCUUGGGAGCGAUCCUUGGUUUCGGAGCCCUACAUCGCCUGCCUGUGGGAUUGGGAGAAGAGGUGCAGGCACCCGGAGAAAAUCUAUUUGAUGCUGAUGGGAAGAGCUGGGAGAAUGGACAGCAGGAGGGCUUCACCAACACCUUCCAACCUGCCCCAGCUCAGGAUCUACCUUCACCACCGAUGGUUAACCCAAACAUCCCUCCACCGCCAAUGAUGAACCCCAGUGCUCCGCCGCCCAAUCCAUCCGCACCUUCUAAAUCACGCAAAGGCAGACAUCAUGGCGGAGCCGCUUUGGGCAGUGGCUUCGAUGAUAUAUUCGCUGAAGGAGCAAAGAAGAGUGCCGAGCAAGAUCAUGUACCUUCAAGAAAAGGUACACCGCUUGCCCCGCCGCCCAAGAUCACGUCUGCUGGACCAACACCACAUUCCGUCACCCACGAGAAAGAAGAUCCGCUGGCGCAAGCAGGUGAAGAUCUUGGCGAGCCCGGGGAUGCCGAAGAAACGUGAGAGCAUGCAGUUGGCAAACCUCUCGGGAGUCAUAGGCAUUCUUGAAGCCGUGUCUAUGGGGAGCCCAAUCUCCAAGAUCAAAGCCGGAAAUGAGUGGUUGUUCAACUUGAGGUACCGGUCGCACCAGCCUCAUCCUUCCACCACUCCAUGAACUCCCGGAUCCUGUCCGAUCUCUCCUUAGCCAUCGCCUUUCCAGUCUCAGUCUUCAUCAUCCCCUCCAGCUUGAGCAACUUGUCCUCGAAGUGCUGUAUCGAUUCCUGAAGACUCCUAGCACCCUUCGCUCCACCAAAGGUGAAACACCGAGCAAUUCCAAUGGCCCCGAUGGCAUCAAGACGAUCAGCGUCUUGUACGAUAGCCAGCUCCGGUAUGACGUCGAUCAAGUUCUUGACGUGUUGAGGAUUCUUCACCUCCGAUGAAUACGAUACACCCUCGACCAACAGUUGAAUAUGCUCAGCGUAGCUGUGUGGCAUACCAGCCUCAAUCACCGCCUUUUGCAAACUCAUCUUUUGCUGGUCCGUCCUCACAUCGACAUACUUCUUGUCCUCGACAUCAUGAAGCAACGCGCCCAAAAUCACACUCAAGGGAUUUAAAGCGGGCAAGGCCUUCUGUUUCCGUUCCUCUUCUUCCUUCUCCAGGAUUGUUAGAGCAUUGCCCAGGACUCGCCGCACGUGCUUGAAGUCAUGGGAGGCGUCAAAGCGCGGGUCUUGGAAGUACGUCUCGGCGAAGGAGUAUAUUUUCCGGACGGUGGAUAUUUCGUGGUCGGAAAGGCUAGGAUAGGUGGCUGGAUCGACGUACUUUUCCUUGGCCAUGUUGGAUGUCGAACUAUACUGACAAAGCGAGAAUACUGAGAUGCGGAAAUCAACCUCGGAAGUAUGGGUACCGGCGGCACGCGACCAGAAAAGAUUAGCAGUUGGAAAUAGAGAAAUUUUAUCUUAGACCUCGUCGAUUCAUAAUUGAGUUCUCCG